AUGGCACCAACGUGGAGAGGCUGGAGUGAGACGUCUGGAGGACACCAGGACCUUCAUCUAUCACUAAAAGUAGAACCUCGUCAGGCUGAGACUGUUGGAGACGCAAAAUUGAGAGAAAAUGGGCAGACGUUCAACCAAUUCCUGCGAGUGGAUCAGGACAAGGAGUGCAACAUGGAGUGCAGCGGAGCUCCUCGGAAGGCCCUGUGCGCCUCCGACGGCAGGACCUUCAGGUCUCGCUGCGAGUUCCUCCGGGCCAAGUGCCGCGACCCCCAGCUGGAGGUCAACCGGGGACCGUGCAAAGAGACUUCCAGAUGUGUAGCAGAGAAGAAGUACACAGAGCAGCAGGCCAAGAGGCAGGUCUUCGUGCCGGUUUGUAACCCCGACGGCACAUACAGCGAGGUUCAGUGUCACAGCUACACGGGCUACUGUUGGUGUGUGACUCCUAACGGCCGGCCCAUCAGCGGCUCAGCAGUGGCCAAUAAGAAACCUCGAUGCCAAGGAUCAAGACACGACAAACUGACGACCAAAGCGCCGCGUAAAGAAGAUGAGACCGUCACCGCCAUGGUUCCACAGCCGGUCACAGAAGAAGAAGAAAUCACGUCCCAGUCCCCGUCUCUGUGGAUGGAACGGGAACGCAGCCGGCAGAACAGAACCAGAGCAUCUCCCCCAUCGUGUGACCAAGAGCAUCAGUCUGCCCUGGAGGAGAAGCGGCUGCGUAACAAUGAUGCUGUUUUUGAACCGGACUGCGCCCACGGUGGACUCUACAAGCCGGUCCAAUGCCACCCCUCCACUGGCUACUGCUGGUGUGUGUUGGUGGACACUGGGAGGCCCAUACCAGGAACCUCAACCAGGUACGAACAGCCAAAAUGUGACGGUAACGCCAGAGCUGUUCCAGCCAAACCCAAGGACCAUUAUAGAAGCCGACAUCUCCAAGGCUGCCCCGGGGCAAAGAAAACAGAGUUCCUGACAAGUGUUCUUGACGCGCUGUCGACAGACAUGGUGCAUGCUGUCACAGAUCCAGCAUCUGCUGGAAGGAUGGCCGAGCCGGACCCCAGUCACACCCUGGAGGAGAGGGUCGUCCACUGGUACUUCAGCCAGCUGGAUAAAAACGCCAGCGGGGACAUCGGAAAGGAGGAGAUCAAGCCUUUCAAGCGCUUCCUGCGCAAAAAGUCCAAGCCAAAGAAGUGCGUUAAAAAGUUUGUGGAGUACUGCGACAUCAGCAACAACAAGGCACUGUCUCUGCAGGAACUGAUGGGCUGCCUGGGGGUGACCAAAGACGACGGCUCCAAACCAGGAGAAGACCUGCCUUCCAGUAAACUAAAUCCUUCAAAGAAGCAAGGCUGAAGCUGACACCCCCCCCUCGCUCAAAGAAUCUGCCCUACAACAACAG